AUGCCACCCAGCAAGCGGAAGCGCGAGGCCGAGCCUCGAGACUCUCGGCUGACUGACCCGUAUCUGCUACAGACGCCUCCCUGCCGCUUCUCGGACCACCACCGCAAGCGCGGCAAGAAUGCGAAUGUGUUGCGCAACUGUGUGGACAACCCCAACUGCCUCUACGGACUUGGGGAGCGUCAGAAGGGCGUGUGGCAGGGCUCGAAACUCGUCCGGCGCGUGUUUGGCGACGACCCUCGCGAGCGCGAACGCGUGUCGAGUAAACAUGGCGAUCCCAUGCCCUGCGGCUUGCGUAAUCUCGGCGCUACGUGCUACCUGAACAGCAUGUUACAGUGCCUAUUCGUCAACCUGCCCUUCCGCCAGGCCGUGUACGAGUGGGAACCCAAGGAACAGCUUGUGGAUAAGGAGCAGACGCAGCAGAUGCGUGCGCUGCAGAAACUAUUCGCUCAGAUGCAAUUGGGCAAUGAAAGUUACUAUGACCCAACGGAAUUUGCGUCCACAUUGUCACUCAACAAUGUCAUGCAGCAAGAUGCACAGGAAUUUAGCAAGUUGUUGUUGGCACAUUUACGCACGAUUUUUGGUCAGUCUCGGUUUUCGAGACAUUGGGACUUGGUGGACCGGAUCUUCCAGGGACAGAUGAGCUAUGUGACCAAGUGCUUAAAGUGCAAGAACAAGUCCAUGCGACUGUCGUCGUAUUACGAGAUUUCAUUGAACAUCAAGGGCCAUAAGACUGUGGAGGACUGUAUUGGAUCGUACCUGUCGGCGGAGGUGCUGGAAGGAGAGAACAAAUAUUUCUGCGAGCAUUGCGAUACCAAACAGUGUGCUGAACGUUACCUUGAGCUGAAACCGCAGUCAUUGCCGCCAACGCUAAUGGUGCAGCUAAUGAGAUUCGUCUACGAUGCUAAUGCUGGACGGAAGAAGAAGCUGACGGACGUCAUUGAAAUUAACGAGACGCUAAAUAUGACCGAGUUGCUGCGUCGAAGUGGCCAUGCCGAGGCGUUUAAUGGGUCUGGCGAUGUGAUCUACCGGUUACAGGGUUAUCUAAAUCACCGUGGAAAAAGUGCGCACGUAGGGCACUACACAGCAUCCGUGGCAUAUUCUAAACCAGGGAGAGUUAGUGGGCAACAAGAAGAUGAAUCUGCAGUGGACUGGUUUGAAUUUGACGAUGCAGCCGUGACCGAUAUGACCAAGUCCGACGCGGCGAAAGAGCGCGCGUCCGGUAAGAAAAUUCGCUCUCGUGAUAUCUAUAUGCUUCUUUACGUUCGAGAUGAGAAUAGCAGCGCUGGAAACGCGCGUUCAACGCGAAAUGGCUAUGUAAACGUGAUGCCGGAACCUUCUGCAGUCUGUCGAAGCAAGGUGGAGGCGCUUAAUGUUGCAUUUAAUGCCAAAGUUAUAGAGUACGCCAGCAAAGUGAGUGGAAUGGAAGCACGCAUCCGGAAGAGGCUUGAGGCGUACAAGCGCUUUUUCGAGAAAAGUCAACCAUAUCCGGAUACGUCUGCUGCGCAUUUCUACUGGGUGGAUACUGAAUGGCUGCGUCGCUGGGUUACAGGCGAGGAGAAUGAUAGCUCUGCUAAGAAGAAGUCGACGUCUCCGCACGAAAAAGAGGAGUCCAAGUUCGCCAUCCCGAACGCAGAGGAGCAGUCGAAUGAUCGGACUGAAGAUGAUGAUUGUGUUAUCGUCGAUGCACCUGAAGUCAACACUGUGGGAGAAAGUGAAUGUUCGGGGGACGAGAAGUUGAACGCAACGCAUUACGAUGAUGUGGAAAUUGUUCAAGAGACGCCUCCAUCAGCGUCACCUCCUGAUGUAGAAGUCGAAGUUGACGCAAUUGGGGCUAUGAAGCUAAACGACGAAGACAUACCCUUUACGAAAGCGGUGAAUGUAUCACGCUAUUGCUGCGCUCACUCCAGUGGACUUGACACUGGCGCACAUCAACCGAUUCUUCGCUUUGCUCCCGAGAAUGCGCCGAGACUGAAGCGAAUAUCGGCGAAGUUAUUUACAUAUUUACGCGAAAACUGUGGUCAAGAAUCUGAUAAAUCGAUGGGUACAUUCACGCCGAUGAGAGCGUUUGAAGCACCUACAUAUCGUUGCGCGGCGUGUGAGAAAGAAUUCCGUAACAAACUCUUGAAUGACGUGGAUCGCUUGAAAGAAGUGGACAAGGAACUCGCGCUGUUGAGAGGCUCUCCUGCUAGUGUGGCGGCUGUUGUGGCAUCGGGAGGUGCUUACUUUAUGAGUCGGGCAUGGAUAAACAGCUACAAGACUCACCUGCAAAUGUUGCACAAGGAGCUCUCGCACGCAGCUUCAAAAAGCAAGAAAGGGAGGAGAUCACUGACAUCCCAGGACAUCAAUGGGUUUUUCAAGGAUGGUGGUGAUAAUGUGGGGGACAAUGGGCUGGGUGUGUGGCAAAAGCCCAUAAACGAGGACAUUACGUGCGUCCAUGGUAAUCUUACGCUUGAAAAGCGAACGUAUCGACCUGUAUCAGCAGAAACAUGGUCGCAUUUCAGCGCCAAAUUCCCGUAUCGUGCUGAAUACGCCGAGUCUGCAACCGAGACGUGCCCACAAUGUCAGGUUGAUGACAUGGCGAGCAAGGAGUGUAUUCAAGUGGAGCGUGACGCACGUGAUGAAAUUCUUUCAGUGUCUGCUUUAGAUAAUUUGUAUCGACGAAAACCUCGAGGAGAAUCUAUCCGGCUUGUCGACAUCUUUGAGCUUCCGGCCGCACAUCGUGGUAGUGGACUGGAAAAGGCUUCGUCAUGGACUAAACGAGACGCAGCGAGACUUCCACGACGAAUGUUUCUGGUAUCUCGUCGCUGGCUUGCGCAGUGGAGGGAGUACAUUCGCAACGUGGAAGAAGAAUCGCCGGAUCCAUUAACGCUGUCGUCUUUGCUGUGUUCGCACCAGAAAUUAGUACUACCGCCUGGAUUGUUAGCAGCACAACAGGGUCAAGUCGUCGAUGCAAGUUCAUUAGAAGUGGAGUGGAGCUGGUGA